ACCUGCCGGAGGACUCACAUGGUCCUUCUGCAGCAGAGCUCCAGCCCAACCUCUGACGCUCAGCUACUUUUUACAUUUCCCGCCGAAACUCCUCAGUUUUGACGCGUUUUAACCGUGAAGCGUUAUUUCUCCGUGCCCCUCCACACUCCCAGCCCAGAGGCUCGGCCGGACUGGGGCCGGUGAAGCAGCGACAUGGCCCGGGAGAACGGAGACACCGGCGGCGGGGAGACGUGGAAGAAACAGAUCGACGACAUCAAGAAGAUUUUCCAUUUGAAGGAACUCCUCGGAACAGGGGCGUUUUCCGAGGUGGUGCUGGCGCAGGAGAAGCAGAGCGCUCGGAUGUUUGCGGUGAAGUGCAUCCCGAAGAAGGCUCUGAAGGGGAAGGAGAGCAGCAUCGAGAACGAGAUCGCCGUGCUGAGGAAGAUCAAGCAUGAGAACAUCGUGGCGCUGGAGGACAUCUAUGAGAGUCCAGACCACCUCUACCUGGUGAUGCAGCUGGUUUCUGGUGGGGAGCUGUUCGACCGGAUCGUGGAAAAGGGAUUUUACACGGAGAAGGAUGCGAGCACGCUGAUCCGGCAAGUCCUGGAUGCUGUGAACUACCUGCACAAGAUGGGCAUCGUACACCGAGACCUGAAGCCUGAGAACUUGUUGUAUUUUAAUCCUCAAGAUGAAUCUAAGAUCAUGAUCAGCGACUUUGGUCUGUCCAAGAUGGAGGGCAGUGGCGAUGUCAUGUCUACAGCCUGCGGCACGCCGGGAUACGUGGCUCCGGAGGUUCUGGCCCAGAAGCCGUACAGCAAGGCAGUGGACUGCUGGUCCAUCGGCGUGAUCGCCUACAUCCUGUUGUGUGGUUAUCCUCCCUUCUAUGAUGAAAAUGACUCCAAACUCUUUGAGCAGAUCCUAAAAGCCGACUACGAGUUUGACGCACCGUACUGGGACGACAUAUCAGAUUCAGCCAAGGAUUUUAUCAGCUGUUUGAUGGAAAAAGAUCCAACCAAGAGAUUCACCUGCGAACAGGCCCUCAGACAUCCCUGGAUCGCCGGGGAUACGGCUCUCUGCAAGAACAUCCACGAGUCAGUCAGCCGGCAGAUCAAAAAGAACUUCGCUAAGAGCAAAUGGAGGCAAGCCUUCAACGCCACAGCUGUGGUGCGCCACAUGAGGCGGCUGCAGCUCAGCAGCAGCAUGGGCAGCAGCGUGGACGCCUCCAACCCCAGGUCCGGUCAGACGCCGAGGCCAGCCCAGAACCAGAACCAGGCGGGUCAGAACCACACAGCUCAGAGCCAGAAUACUAACAGCACCGGCGGCAAAAACUCCUCCAUAGACAACAACAUGGCCGCCCCCCGCAAAGAAUGUGUUCCUGCACCCGUCACCCCCUGCAGUCUGGCUUCUGCAGCGUCCUCUCCCGCCCCCGGGACAGAACAGAACCGGCCCCACGCUUCAGCGGUGCCCGCCCUGAUGAUGGCGACAGAGACCAAGUGACGCCAGGUCCCGCGAGGCACCAGCUGGGAGGCCACAGCGCUGUGAGGCGAAAGGAGACUGCCACAGAGGUGG